AUGAGCCAGAUGGGAAAGCGACGGCCUGGUAUGCCUCCAGGGCCUCCCACUAUACCCUUUUUGGGAAACGCACUACAAAUACCGGCUGUAGGCUUCUACAAAAAGAUGAAAGAAUGGUCUGGGGUAUAUGGAAAGAUAUACUCACUGACUAUUGGCUCUACGAAUAUCAUUGUUCUGUGCGAUCGGAAAGCUGUCCGGGAUUUAAUUGAUAAAAAGUCGGCAAUCUAUUCGGACAGGCCUGCCGACUACGUUGGUUCAUUACUUACCGGAGGUGACCACACUCUUAUCGAUGACUAUAAUGGCAUAUGGCGAGAGAAGCGGAAGCAAAUGGCUCUGCAUUUUUCCCCGAAAAAGUGCGACGAGAAGCAUUCUAUCAUCCAAGAGGCAGAGGCAAAAUGCUUGUUGUUGGGCUUUCUUGAAGAUCCAGAACACUUCUUAGACCAUGUUAAACGUACCACUGCAUCCAUUGCCAGCAUUAUCACCUACGGGAGACGCGCUCCCACCAUUGACCAUCAGUAUGCGACGCAAGUAUUCGACAUCAUGCAAGAAUGGACCUCUGCCAUGGGACCCGGAGCAAACCCUCCAGUGGACGUUUUCACUUGGUUAAAGCUGUGGCCAACCUUCCUUGCACCAUGGAAGCAACGAGCUUACAGAGUCAAUGCGAAGAUGGAUGAGACGUGGAGCCGGACUCUGAAUGAUGUGCGGAAGAGACGUGCGAAUGGGGAUACGCGUGAUUGUAUGGCAGACUCAAUACUAGACGAGGUCGAGAAGAAUCCUGAUUACAUUCUGGGCGAACAUUCGAUUCAAAAUCUGCUCGGCGAGAUGAUUGAAGGCGGCGCAGAUACAACAACUGCACAGCUCUCGACGUUUCUCGUGGCAAUGGUGACCUAUCCCCGUGUGAUGGAAAAAGCGCAAGCCAUGAUCGACGAAAAGAUUGGCUCUGAUCGUUCACCGACUUGGAAAGACUUUGACAGUCUUCCAUACAUUAAUGCCAUAGUGAAGGAAGGAUUGAGAUGGAGACCUGUUACUAGUGUCGGGUUUGCACACAAGAUCCGAGAAGAUGACACUUACGAAGGCAUGCUUAUCCCCAAAGACUCAACAGUCUUUGUUGCUGUUUGGGCGCUGAACCAUGAAAGUGACCAUUUUGCAAAUGAGGAUCAGUAUUGGCCAGAGCGUUAUGAUGGAUUUUCUGAGCUAGCCAAUUCUUACUCUGGAAGCGGAGAUUAUGAAGGAAGAGAUCACUACACCUACGGCGCCGGUCGUCGAAUUUGCCCAGGUAUCCAUCUCGCAGAGCGUAACCAAUGGCGUUCUAUCGCCAAGAUUCUCUGGGGUUUCAAAAUUUCUAGAGCGAUAGAUCCAGUCACAGGACAAGAGAUUCCCAUUGACGUUAAUGCAUAUAAAGAAGGCUUAGCACAAGCACCAUUGCCAUUCAAAGUCCGCAUAGAGCCCCGGAGCGCGGCUCACGCCAAUACCAUUCGUCGCGAAUGGAAAGAGGCAAAGAAUAUUUUGGACAAAUAUGACUGA